CUUUACAAUCACUUUUUUCCCAGUUUUACUGAUUUUUUCCAACUUUACUUUUUUUGUACUACUAAAGUAACUUUUUGAAAAAGCACCUCAUUCUUCUUUUUAUUGUUUAACUUCCCCCCCUCAAAAUAUUUAUUUGACCUAUCCGGGCGCCUGGCCACAAAACAACUGAUUUUAAGCAUUUCUUUUCUUUCUUCCCCUUUCUCUUUUUUAUUACACUUCUUCUUCUCCCUCUCUUCUCUCUUAUUUGUUCUACUAUAUCUAUCUUCUAUCACUACUUACGAAUAUGUCGAACGAAAAAACUUUGAAGGAAGAAUUUACGACAACGUCUAUUGAAACGAUGGAAUCCAUUUCCUCAAACACUACCGACCAAUCCAAGCAUAAGGCUCAUUUGACUCGUGGUCUCAAGGCUCGUCAUAUUCAAAUGAUUGCUUUGGGUGGAACUAUUGGUACUGGUUUAUUCAUGGCCUCUGGUAAAGCUAUUGCUGCUGGUGGUCCAGGUGGUGCACUUGUUGGCUAUGCUAUCGUCGGUGUCUUGGUAUUUUGUGUCAUGAUGAGUCUUGGUGAAAUGGCUGCUUACAUUCCUGUCAGUGGUAGUUUCGGUCAUUUUGCUAAUCGAUUUGUGGAUCCUUCUCUUGGUUUUUGUGUAUCUGUUAUUUACUGGUUAAAUUGGUCCGUUGGUGUAGCUGUUGAAUUGACUGGCGUGGCUCUUAUCAUGGAAUUUUGGGUACAAAGUGUUAACAGUGUCAUUUGGAGUGUUAUUUGUCUUGUUAUCUUGGUUGCUAUCAAUGUCUUUGCUGUCAAAGGUUAUGGUGAAGUUGAAUAUUGGAUCAGUUUUAUCAAGAUUCUUACUAUUCUAGUUUUCAUCAUCAUCGGUCUUUGCGUUGAUACUGGUGCCUUGGGUGGCGAUAACAUUGGUGUACGAAACUUCCAUUUAGAAGGUGGUGCUUUCCCUAAAGGAUUUCUUGGUGUGUUCAAUGUUUUCAUCACUGCUGCUUUCUCUUUCAAUGGUGUCGAAAUUGUUGGUAUCACUGCUGGUGAAUCUGAAAAUCCUCACAAGACUGUACCCUCUGCUGUCAAACAAGUGUUCUGGCGUAUUGUCCUAUUCUAUGUAUUCUCCAUGUUGAUCAUCGGUCUUAUUAUUCCUUAUACAGAUCCCAAUCUUUUGGAUGGUGCCAGCAAUGUGUCUGUUAGUCCUUUUACUUUGGUUUUCCAAAAAGCAGGUGCUCAAUAUGCUGCAGAUAUCAUGAAUGCCAUUAUCUUGAUCACGAUGAUUUCAGCUGGUAACUCUGGCGUUUACUCUUCUAGUCGUACUUUGAUGGGUCUUGCUGAAGAUGGCUAUGCUCCCAAGUUUUUCACUCGUGUCAAUCGAUGGGGUGUACCUAUUUAUGCUGUCCUUACUUCUUGUUUGAUUGGUUGUCUGGCUUUCUUGACAUCUUUAUUCGGCUCUGGCGUUGUUUUCAAUUGGUUAACUCGAUUGACUUCAUUAGCUGGUUUGAUUACCUGGGUGAUCAUUUCCAUCACUCAUAUUCGCUUCCGAAUGGGUUACAUUGCUCAAGGCCGUUCUCUCGCUUCUUUGCCUUAUGUGGCACCCUUGUUUCCCUUGUGUGAUAUCUUUGUGAUUGUGAUUGGUCUGAUCGUGAUCUUUGGUCAAGGUUACUCUUCAUUUUAUGCCCCCAUCUCUGCUGGUGAUGUUAUUGGUUCUUAUAUUGGCUUGAUCCUCGCUAUUAUCCUUUAUGUUGGUCACAAGAUAUUUGUUCGCAAGCCCUUUGUCAAGGUAGAUGAAAUGGAUUUUGAAACCGGUACUCUCAAGAUCGAACAAGUCUUCGAUGUGAAUGGUGAUGGUGAAUUGAUCGACGACGAAAAGGAUCUACCUUUAUGGAAACGUGUAGGCAACAAAGUCUUAUCUAUUAUAGCGUAGUUUUUUUUUAUCAUUUUCUUUCUAUUCUAUUCCCUAUUUAUUCAUCAUUCAUUUAUAUAUUAUUAGUUAGCAUUCUUAUAUUAUUAUUAUGUAUCAUUAUUGUUACUCUCUCCCCUUAUUCAACAUCAUUCGUAGUGUGUAGAUCAUAGAUUAUAUUAGAACAAACAAAAAAAAAUAUUGUUUCAACAACAAUCAAAAAUUUAAUAAAACCCAAGAGAGAGAGAGGGAGGAAAGCGGUUAAUAUAUUAUCGUUUCAACAACUUCCCCUUCUCUUCGCUUCGUUUAUUUUAUUUAA